UUCUUCCUCAUCAUUCAUCACUCCUAACCUCUCCCUCUCCUUUUGAUUUUCUAUCCAAACACAAAUCUCCCAACUUCGAAUUUUUGGUUCAGAAAAUAGAGUAAUUUUAUUGAAAAUGGAGAAGAAUACAAGCAGGAGUUAUAUGGAACAAAAGCCAUUGAUACUCAAUGAGCUAACCCAAGCUAAAGAGCUACUAAAACAAUUAGAAUCUCAACUUGAUGCUGGCAACUUGUUACUACCUAAAAUUUUAUCAUCGUUUGAGAUCUCUCUUUCCAUGUUAAGUGCAAUCAACUCGGAAGGUGGUACUCAGUCGCAGACAACCGGAUCGACCGAGUCUCCACGUUCGGUUAACGGAAGUCGGAAAAGAGAUUCCGGUUCUGAUCUACUCAUCGGAAACCCCUCCAAAAAGAAGAAAACUAUACAGAGAUGGACUGAACAAGUGCGGGUAUGUGAACAGACGGGACUGGAAGGACACCUAGAUGAUGGGUAUGGUUGGAGGAAAUAUGGACAGAAAGACAUUCUCGGAGCCACUUAUCCAAGAGGCUAUUACAGAUGUACUCAUAGAAAUGCUCAAGGAUGUUUAGCAAUGAAACAAGUUCAACGAUCUGACGAAGACCCAUCGAUGUUUAGUGUCACGUAUCGCGGAAGACAUACUUGCAUUCAAGCUGUACAUUUGCUAUCAGGGAAAUCGCAAAACAGACAUGAUCAUCACGAUCAGAAACGGAUGAAAUCGCAAGGAACACUUAUCAAUUUUCAAAAAAGUUGUCAUAAUAGAACAGAAGAUUUCAAUACAACAGCACAAGUAGUACUCAAUUCAUCUUCACUUCCAUCUCCUUCGGCUUCAGUACCCAUUCCAAGUAUAGAAAAAGAAAAUGAUAACAACAACAACAACAAUUUCUCUUCGAUGACACCUGAUAAUCACUUCAUGAGUAGUUCUUUUACUUCAUCUCCAUCAACUUCAGUAUCAAAUUCAUCAAUUUCUCCUAACAGUUUUGGAGAAGGACAGAGUUUGCAGAAUUCAGAAUUUGAUCUUAGUGAAUUCACUUCAACAUUCGACCCUACGGAUCUUUAUUUGGAUUUCGAUUUUCUUGAUUCUAUAUGUUCUAUUUGAUAUGUUGUAGUUCCAUUGUGAUUUUCAUUAAAUUAUCACAAAAUUGAAUACCAAUUGACUCUAUAGUUCCAAUUAAAGUUUCAGCAAUUUUCCAACAUGUAAAUUUCUCGAGUUUCAGGUAGUUUUUUAGAAAUUUAUUUUGCUUAGGGUUUUUGAAUCUGAUUACUUUUAUAUGGUUUAGUGUUUCGUGCUUUUCCUUUUAUUUUUGCACUGAUUGUUUUUUUCUUUUUCGUUGAAUCUGUAGGUGAUGCAAUCAAGUGUGAUUUGGGGUUUUAAUGGAUUUAACUCCUACAACAACAUAUACUUCAAUGCUUGAUAUAGCCUUUUCUCUGUCCAAUAUUGUGCCUUCGAUUGUUUAGGAUGUAAUCAUCUUGGUGAAAAUUUGGAUUUUUAUUCAUUAAGAUAAGGGAAAAGAAUAGGGUUCACAACUAAUCAAUAUUGAUUAUUUACAAAAGUGAUUUUACAA